CGUGUUUCUGAUCUUCUGUGACAGAGCACUUACACUUAUAUAGGAUAGUGAGGAACGUGAAGAAGCAGGUCUGAGCCUACGUACCCACCCAUAAAGUGCACAGGGAACACUGCAGAGGUGCUUGCCCUUUGUCUGCGACGUGCAGUUUUUGUUUGCUUUAUCUAGCUCUCUGAUUUUCGCCUCUGUAGCACGUCUUCAUCUCUAUUUCAAAGUUGAGCUUCCAAGGCUUCGACUAGCGAAAUAUAUUAUUUGAUCUUUAGAAAAUUCGACGUUCGACGAUGGAAGAGCAACUCCGAAGACAGACACAAGAUUCUUAUCGUCGUGCCGAACAGCUCCAACGAGAGAAGCAGAACGAAGCCAACAAUGCCCAGAGAGCGCAGCUGGAAACUCAGCAAGCGGUACAGCGCGCUAACCAGCUGCGAGAGGAGGCUAGAAAGAAGGAUGAGGAGAUAACAAAGGCGCUCCAGGCUCAGAAGGAAGUAGAGGCGAGAUGGAGAAAGGGCCUCCGUCCUGUCGAGUUGCCUUCUAGGGAGCAUUUCGAGGCGACCAAGCGACGUUUUUACAGAGAGGGCAAGUUCCAUGUCGCCAUCGCCGGGAUAUCAGGAGCCGGAAAAUCAUCUCUCAUUAAUGCGCUCCGGGGCAUAUGGGACGGCCAGAAGGGUGCUGCUUCAACUGACUAUGUGGAGAGCACCUCGGUCGUUACUUCAUACCCUGACCCUAAUGCCGCAAAGCCUUUCAUUUGGUUCGACGUCCCAGGAUCGGGGACCCUCGCAUGCUCGGACUGGACCUAUUUCAAUGACCAAGGACUCUAUAUCUUCGACGCCAUUAUUGUCCUAUUCAAUGACCGCUUCACCGCCACAGACGUAGCCAUCUUGAAGAACGCCGGUCGAUACAAAAUUCCCACCUACAUCGUUCGCUCCAAAUCCGACGUACACGUUAACAACCUCUUCAAGAGGAAACGACGUAGGGCUGGUGCGGGGAGUGAUCCUGCCAAGCUUCUUGACGAAGCGCGCAAGGAAUUUAUCACGAAGUCGCAGGAGAGCGUCAAACUGAAUCUGAUGAGGAAUGAUCCUCCUCUUCAGUUACAGAAGAUGUAUGCUGUCUCUCGGGACACGCUUACUUUGAUUGUCCGAGAGGAGCCGCUCGAGGAGAACCUUGUGCUUGAUGAGUUAGAGUUGUUGAAAGAGAUACGCCAGGAUGCGUGCUCGCGACGAUCCCAUAAAUCGUACGCUUCGAUGGCGGGUCUGUGGUAAAUGGCUGGGCCUUCCACUAUGAUAUGGACCGAGACAUAUUCUCAUAGAUUCGUUGCUAUGCUCUUUAUUUAUCACUUUACCAAUGUCCU